CCCAGGACUUGAAGCUGUUUUUGCUUUUCCCCAGCAAGCAGUUUCCUUGCUGUCACAGCAAUCUUGGAGUCCUGAAUAAAAUCAUGUAAACUGCAACUCAACUCCAAUUUGUCUUUCAUAAAUGUGGAGGCUCCAGUGAGGUAUAGAAGGCUCUCCCCUGGGGCUGCGGGCUCCAGCAACCCACCAGGUGAGGUGCCCAGGAAAGACCCCUUGUGUCUGGUGCUGGACCACUGUGACCCCACACCCCCCAGGGGAGAGAUAUAGACAACGAUUGAUACAUGGAAAAGGAUAAACGUUUGAAAAGGAGGACUUCCAUAUCCCAAAGAUGUCCGCUGAGCUGGCUGUGUGGAUGCACAUGCAGUACAGACACAGAGCUAGAGCGUAUUUCUUUGAAACCAUCUGGGACACCAAUGCCAACUAUGGCUAUCCAGGAACCUUUUCUAGAAGAAAUGCAUGUGUAUUCCCCUUAUGGGAUCCCAGCGACCAUCAAAAUACAAGGUCAGCAACCGCCAAAGAUGCACCCAAGACAAGAAACAGCAACAAGGAGCAUUCUUGUGCCCUUCGUUGUCCAUCUUCAAAGCACCAGAGUGCCACGUUCCAGCCACACGUUGUCCUCUCCACGGUCUGCAUCCCCACGGCACCCAGGGCUCCUUCGAGCCUGCCUCGUCCGACAAGCACGUCUUACCUGCACAACAGUUUUCCAGGAAGUAUUUCCUCAGAAGAGAAGCCACUGGUGUCCUCCUUGGCUACUAAUCUCGGUUCGGGGAUUAAAACAGAUUGUAAAUAUAAUCAGUUUCUGGGACCUGGAGGAAAUGUGGAUGUUGAGUUAACCGAUGAAAGUGGAAACAGAUACAGCGUCCGCCUCCCGGCUGCCGGCUCGUACCUGUGGCGGGCCGCGGGCCUGGGCUUCGUGGUGCGGGCGGCCGUGACCCUGCAGGUGGCGUUUGCGUCUUGGGAUCCGCACCUGGCCCCGGUGCUGCAGGACCCCGAGCGCUGGAUGGUGGCGGGCCCCUUGUUCGACGUGGCGGCGGAGCCCGGGGAGGCCGUGGCCGAAAUCCACCUGCCCCACUUCGUCUCCCUGCAAGCAGGUGCGGUCGACGUCGCCUGGUUCCAGGUCGCCCAUUUUAAGGAGGAAGGGAUGAUCCUGGAGCAGCCGGCGCGCGUGGAGCCUUUCCACGCCGCCCUGGAGAACCCCAGCUUCUCGCUGAUGGGGGUUCUGCUCCGGAUCGCCAGCGGCACCCGCCUCUCGGUGCCCAUCACUUCCAGCACGCUCGUCUAUCACCACGCACAUCCCGAGGACAGUAAAUUCCACUUGUACCUUAUCCCCAGCGACUCCUUACUAAGGAAGGCAAUAGAUGAGGAGGAGGCUGCUUUCUCUGGCGUGCGGCUUCAGAUCUCACCCCCACUGGAACCCGUGAACUUUGGUUCCCGUUACAUCGUGUCUGGUUCUGCACACCUGGAAAUAAUUCCCAAGGCACUGAGAUUAUCCUACAGAAGCCCAGGAGAAAUUCAGCCUUUCACGAAAGUCUAUGCUGGGCAGAUGAAGGAACAAAUCCAACUUAAAAUUACUGACGAAAGACAUGGGACUUUGGUUUGGGAGACCUUGGUGAAGCCAGUGGAUCUUCAGUUUGGUGCUGCAUCAGCCCCUCCCGCUUUCUCAGGCGCAGCCUUCGUGAAGGAGAACCUGCGGCACCUCCAAGCCAGGCUGGGGGACCUGAGCGGGGUGCUGGAUGACCUCCAGGACAGCGAGGUCCUCACUGAGAAUGAGAAGGAGCUGGUGGAGCAGGCGCAGACCCAGCAGAGGAGGAACGAGACCCUGCUGAGGUUCGUGAGGAACAAAGGGGACCAGGCCCUGGAGAAGCUCUACAGGAGCCUCAGUGAAAGAGACCCUUACCUCGUGUCCUACCUCAAGCAGCCGAGUUUGUCACAGUGACCCAGACAGAUCCUCGGUGUGCAGGAAAGAAUUAGCCUUCCCCAAAUAAAGAUUUGACCUUU